AAUUGUGGCGAGUUUUCGAUUUUACGUUGCUCAGUUUUGUUUUGUUUUUGUUUUUGUACGGACGCAAUAUUAAGUAUACGUAUGCAGGUACAAUCGGGACCUCCUGCCUAAAAAAAACCCUCAAACCCUCGCUCCACCGCCAUCCCCCACAAAAAGAUAACGAGUGAUCCAACGGUAAACAGUGUUUCGAUCAAUACGAAGAAAAUAGAAAACAGACCCCGCAACUGCAAUUAGAUAAAAAAGUCAAUACUUUUGCGAGAGAUUGAGUAAACUUAAUUAACUGCAGCAGCUGCGUUAACAAUUUGUUCAUUUCCUGAAAAUUGCAAAUAAUAAACACAACAAAAGCCAGAAGCCCCAGGUGCACAGUGGGAAAAAAACCCAACAGUGGAAAAUAAUAAUUCAAACGGCGCAAAGAAAAGCUAAAAUAAACCAGACCAGUUGAAUUCGGUUCGGGCCAGGCUAAUAACAAUUUAUAUAUUCAUACUCGCACGAGUGUGUUUAAAAAUACUUAAACAACACAAAAAUCUGUAGUAGAGAGAGAACUCUGAAGGCAGACAAGCAGACAGAUAAACAACAUUAACAAAUUCGUCGUCGUCGUCGUCGUCGUCGUCGUCUGGUGACGCGUCGCGAGGUGCUCGAGGUCACUCAAAAUCAAAAUCAGUUUUUUUCGCGCACCUCCGCCCCAUCAACAGGCAGGUCCAGCCACCCGCGACAAAAUAACAAAAGCAACAACAACAACAAAUACAGAAAGAAAAAAAAUUAAUAAAACAAAAGCAAACUCACGCGCUGUUUAUUGUUUAACUGAUAAAAAAACGACGUACAUAAUUUCACACAAACACACACACACACAUACAAAUAAUAAAUAUAUUUUUAUAUUAACCCCUGUGUGCGAGUGUGUACGAGCUGAUAAAACGCACUCAAUUAUUCCAAUAAAAUAAAAAUAAAAAUAUAUUUAUUUAUAUAUAUAUAAACUAAACAAAAAUAUCAAGUGCUUUGAAUGCUCCCUCAAUAUAUAUGCCCGGAGCAACAUCACUUGCAACAUUCCAUCACCAGCACCACCGACACCGCCGACACCACCACCCACAGCCCACCCCAGCUCCGGCAACACCCGCCCACACAUUCGCAUAAUUACUCCACGGUUGACGUCAGUGGCAGUGACUUGAAUUGGCAUCGACCACCAGCCCCACAUCACCGUUAUCAUCGUCCACCAGCGAAAAUGGUUGCCACCAUGGAUCAUCAAUCUCCCCAGAUCGGCGGAGGGAUUGGGGGCAUGGGCUUUAAUCAGACCCCAUUAUCGGAGCUAAGCAUAGAGACGCGCAAUCAAUUGGCCGGCAUGCUGAAUCGAAAGAAGUUUCUACACUCCGAGGAGGGUUAUGCCCGGGAUUGGCGUGGAAUUGCCGCUUUGGCCAAGCAAUUGGGCUUCGUCUCGGAGAAUUCAGAUCAUCCAAUGGAUGCAGUACUCAAUAGUUGGAUUGAACGCAAUGCCACCACGGCUGAUAUCGGGCAUUUGGAACAGUUUUUGGGCAUCAUUGAUCGUUGGGAUGUUUGCGAUGAUAUCCAAGAGAAUUUAUUAAAGGACACUCAACGUUAUCUGACAAAACAGGAGCAACAACAGGCGGUGAUUAAAUUGGUUAAUCAAAGUCCCGAUCCGCCUAGUAAAAUAAUCAGUUGCAUUGAACCUAACAACAAUAUACACAAUAGCAACAAUAACAACCACAACAACAACAACAGCAAAGUGCCCACAUCAAUGGGCCAAAAUGUGAUGAUACUUAGUGAAGACGAUCAGAAAUGUGUGGAAAUGGGUUUACCUUUGCCCCGAUAUAAUGCUUGUGUUUUGUAUGCCGAAGCAGAUAUCGAACAUGCCACCGAAAUAAUGCAAAAUUUAGAGUCAGGUCGUUAUAAUCUCAAGCUUUUCCUGCGACACCGUGAUAUGCUAAUGGGUGUGCCCUUUGAGCAUGUUCAACUAUCACAUUUUAUGGCCACACGAUGUAAUCAUUUGAUUGUGGUUCUAACUGAAGAAUUUCUGCGAAGUCCAGAGAAUACUUAUCUAGUGAAUUUUACACAAAAGAUACAGAUCGAGAAUCACACAAGAAAAAUAAUACCCAUAUUGUAUAAAUCAGAUUUGCAUGUGCCACAAACUUUGGGAAUUUAUACGCACAUUAAAUACAGUGGAGAUUCAACAUUAUUUAAUUUCUGGGAUAAAUUGGCUAGAUCAUUGCAUGAUCUAGACAGUAGCGCCAUCUAUGGAACACAGUUGCCAAUGACUUCAUCAAAAGAAGUUGCAGGAUCGCCGCAACCACAACAACCAAGGGUUACCACGCCCACCAUACGCAUACAGCUCAAUGAUUGUGACAUUAGCUCAACCGAUUUAACCAAUUAUAAACAAUCAGCUGCUUCGAAGAGCAACUCGACCCUCGACGAUGAUUCACAUUUAACGCUAAUGUCGGGUGAUACAAGUGCUCCGUUGCCCGAACGCAAAAUGAAGAAGAAGGAUAAGUUUUUACAAAAAUUAACCAUAAGCUUUUCAACCACACCUCGUAAUGGGACUACAGUGAAACCUUUGCGUCAUGCGCAGUCCGUGAGUGCCAUUAAUAUGGAACGUGAUCGUACUUUAAGUGCCAGCAGUUCAAACAUUUCAACGACAUCGGAGACCAAGAAAAGUUCGAAUAAAUGGCGACCAAAAAUAUUGAAAAAAGUCCUAUUUUCACGUAGUAGCUCAAAGUUACCAACAGCCACGCUCAGUUGAUAGGUUGGCAGCAACACCUCCCCACCCAAAUGCACCGCCCCCCCUGCACCUAUCCCCAACCCAAGUCACCCAGUGUCAAAACAAACAGCACAGUGCAACGUUUCCGUCGUCGUCAACCCCUCCAUAAUUAGUGAUGUUACUAUACGAGAAUAACUAUAUACUAGCUUAAAAUUAAAUUUAAAAUUCUAAACACAAACGAAAAGAAAAAAAAUAAAGAAAAAGCACAAAAAAAACACCUAAAUACACACAAAACUUAAAGCCAACUAACUUAAAUCAAAUGUUAUAUACUAUAUAUUUUAGACGCACUUGUUAAAUUAUAUAAGACAACAACGAAUAAAGACAAUAACUAAUCAUGAUUGAACUAUUUAUUACAAUAA